AAUGAGAGGUUAGUUGGUCUUUCUUCGCAUGGAAAGUGCCGACGCGGAUGUACAGCCGACUGCCUCGUUUGGCCGAAGCGGAUAAAAACAAACAUUAGGAAUGGCGGCGGUGACGGAAGCAUCCACGGAAGACCAAGGAAGGUUACGGUCUUGAAGUACUUCUGGCCCACUGAGGUUUUCGACGGAGAAAUCAAGUCUCGGGGCAAACAGAGUGGCCGCCUGUUCUUCUGGUUUAGUCCUUGUUGGCCUGUGGUCGCCCUCGACAGAGCGCUACAGCUGAAUUCCCAUUCGUGAGCCAACCUCGGGCAUUUUCACCCCUUUCUCUGGGCAGGAGCUUGGGAGAAUCGUCUCCGGAACCAGGGCCUUUUAGCCCUAGGGCUAAAGCCUAUUACCACUACAACCCCCCUGCCCAGCAAGGGAGAAGCGUGCGGCUAAGAAUUGGACCCCUCACUCCCGAGACUGAGUUGCGGAAAGCUUUACCCCGCGCGAGAAUUGGGGAGCAUCUUAAUUUCUCCAGUUGACAACGGAGGCGAGAACUGGAUAGGCCCUUUCGACUGGGAUUCUAUUAGAAUAAAGGUCUUUCCUCUGAGUUACUGAGAAGACCGCUCCGCAGAAGACAUUGCCUUCCACCGGCGUUCCAACAUUUGGAAGAUCUGCACGAGGCGGAGGAAGAGGCUUUCCCACCCUCUAAAUUAAAAUUUCUCAAAGCCCCACCUGGGGUUGGCCAUGUAGAAGGGCUAGAACAGCCUCUGGGCUCUUACCCGGAAUGAGACCCCAAACUUUCACCUCAGCCUUCUCCAUACAGGAUCCAUUUGUAUUAGAUUAUCUUGAUCUAUAACCUGCUUUUUCCUUACAAUCAACUCAAACCGGCUUACAUAAGUCUCCAAUUUUGGCUCUCAGUCUGAUCCCCACAACAACCCUGUGAGAUUUCCAUAUGCAAUGGACACUGAUCUCAGUUCCCAGGAUAGGAAGGACCUGGACAAGUUCAUCAAAUUUUUUGCCUUGAAGACUGUGCAAGUGAUUGUCCAGGCCCGACUUGGAGAAAAGAUCUGUACUCGAUCAUCAUCAUCACCAACUGGCUCUGACUGGUUUAACUUGGCAAUCAAAGAUAUACCAGAAGUUACUCAUGAAGCAAAAAAAGCCUUGGCAGGACAGCUGCCUGCUGUUGGGCGCUCCAUGUGUGUGGAAAUCUCUCUCAAAACCUCUGAGGGGGAUUCCAUGGAGCUGGAAAUCUGGUGUUUAGAAAUGAAUGAAAAGUGUGAUAAAGAAAUCAAGGUUUCCUACACUGUGUAUAACAGGCUGUCUUUACUGCUGAAGUCUUUGCUUGCUAUAACAAGGGUGACUCCUGCAUACAGACUCUCAAGGAAACAAGGUCAUGAAUAUGUAAUAUUGUAUAGGAUCUAUUUUGGAGAAGUACAGCUGAGUGGUUUGGGAGAAGGAUUUCAGACAGUCCGUGUUGGGACAGUGGGUACUCCAUUAGGCACCAUCACUUUGUCAUGUGCCUACCGAAUCAACCUAGCUUUCAUGUCUACCAGGCAGUUUGAGAGGACCCCACCUAUCAUGGGGAUUAUCAUUGAUCACUUUGUGGACCGUCCCUAUCCCAGCUCCUCACCCAUGCACCCCUGCAAUUACAGAGCAGCAGGUGAGGAAAAUGCAGUAGCAUAUCCAUCAGUGGAAGACUCCCAAGAAGCAUGCACCACCUCUUUCUCUACUUCUCCACCAUCCCAAUGUGUGUUUACUGUCACUAAAGCACAUUUUCCGACCCCUCCUCCUGUGGUGAUGGAUACCUUGAAGGGCCCUAUGAUGGGGCUGGCCUUUUCACAUCAACUCUCCAGCUCUCGUCUUUCUUAUCAACCUGCAGCCCUGGGAGUUGGAUCAGCUGACAUGGGUUACCCAGUAGUCUUUGCUGGAGGCUUGAGUGCUGCACAUCCUCACCAGUUGGUUGUUCCAGGGAAAGAGGGGGGAGUGCCUGUGGUUCCUAACCAACCAAUGCAUGGCACUCAGGCUGAUCAUGAAAGAAUGGCAACAUGCACCCCUUUGGAUGGGGGCCACUACCCUGCAGUUACUCCAUCUAGUAGUGAUGACACAGAAACAGUAUCUAACAGCAGUGAAGGAAAGAGUGGGUCCCCACACGAUCUCUUGGAGACCAUCUUCGUCCGGAAGGUGGGGGCCUUUGUGAACAAACCCAUCAACCAGGUGACAAUGGCCAGUUUGGACAUUCCUUUUGUUAUGUUUGAUCCCAAGCACUUUGAACUGGAAGAUAAUGACCCCAUGGUGAAUCCUCCUGAUUCUCCAGAAGUUGAGUCUCCCCUCCAAGGCAGCUUACACUCAGUGGGCUCUAGUGGCAGCAGCAGUGGGAACAUCCAUGAUGAUUUUGUUUUAGUAGAUUUUAAACCAGCAUUUUCUAAAGAUGACAUCCUCCCAAUGGAUUUGGGGACCUUCUACCGUGAAUUCCAGAAUCCUCCUCAGCUCAGUAGCCUUUCUAUUGAUAUUGGGGCGCAAUCCAUGGCAGAAGAUCUGGAUUCGCUGCCGGAGAAACUGGCUGUCCAUGAGAAAAACGUCAAAGAAUUUGAUGCCUUUGUAGAGACUUUACAGUAAAGCUGAGCCCUCUCGACUUCAACAUUGUACUUCCUCUUUGACGUCUGGGGGGAAAAGCCCAUCCAUUCUGCCUUCCCUUAGUGUUGUGUCUAACACCACCACCCCAUGUAGUAGGCUCUGAUCGCUUCACUCUAUCAGAUGCAGAAACAGUGGUGUAUAUUUCUUUGAACUUAGCUUUGGAAUGGAUGUAACUCAAUUUCCUUCCUGUCUGGAGUUCGUAUUAGGAAACAAGAUCAACCUAUCCCUCUAUUUUCUCAUCUGAUUUGAGAGACGUUGCUUUUGCUUUCUCUGUCAACAUGAUACUAAGAACUGGUUUCAGUUCAGAAGUCUUUCCAAGUUGAAUCUUCAAUACUAUCAAGCCAGAAGAACUUUGAAUAUAAUCAUCUUGCAAGUAUUGGUUAAAUUCUGCUAGUAUCACUUCAGACUGCAGAAUUGGCCUCUCUUUAGCAAGUGCAACUAGCAUAUUAAGGGGCCAAUGAUUGCCUUUAGUGCCCUAAACAAGACAAACAGUAUCACAGAUCUAUGUAUGGGAAAUAAGUGAAGGUCCAGUUAAGAAUUAAUCCACAGAAGCUAAAAAAAAAACAUGCUUUUCUUAUAACAGCUGCCAACAGAAAGCAUGUGAAAACAUUACCUCCCCAAGGCCACAAGUCUGUGGCAUUUGGAGAUGAUUCAGAGUUUAUAGGCUCUGCUUACUACCAGUAGCUGUAAAUAGGAAUUAGGAAUCCUAAUUCUCUAGAGUUAUUUAAUUAGAGGUCUUUAGUCCAAAGUAUCUCCUUCAGAUGUUGCUGCUCUAUAAGAAGAUAAACAAGAAAUAUUUAUUACUCUAAAAGAAACCUAUAUUUAAAGAAAAAUGGUAUGUGAUGUUUUCACUUUAUUAUGCAGUGAUACAAGUUGCUCUGUCAUUUGUCAUUGGAAUGGUUCUGUACCAAACAACUCUGUUCCCCCCCCCCCCGGUCUUAGCCACAACAUUAUGCAGGGUAAACCCUAAAAACAGUUAUUCUAGGAAAGUGAUCUUUUCUGGGGACUGAGUUAAUCUCCAUUCUGUCCUGUUGGGAUCCUUGAAUGUCAUAAAUGCACAUGUGGUACAAUGAACAUGUAGAGAGUUUUUAAAAAGCUGGGAUGUUCUGACAGGCCUGUAAAUUAAACUUGCUGUGAUCUCCAGUCAGUUAGUAUAUUAAUCACAGCAGCACACUUUUCAGAAGUCUGUGCUAUUUUUUUUUUAAAUCAGCUAGGCCUUGAUUGGCUAAAAGUUUAUUUUUGUAAUGAGCUGGUCAUUAAGCAAUGGCAUUGGCUGGCAUUGCUCUGUGUUUCAUCUGUCUGAACUCUGUCCUUCACCAAAUAUGGGAAAGGAAAGCAACAAGACACUAAGCAUGAGUUCAAGGAUUAGUUGGACUCUGGGUAUAACUCCUUCAUGCUUGCUAUCAAAUACUGGGCCCGAAGCUUCAUCUGUGCAAACUUUCUUGGGAGUAAGUGUAAUUCUUUGGAACUUGUGUCUUAAGUGAUCAUAUUUAGGCUUGCAAUAUAAGAUGCAAAGUACAUUUCUUAUCCCCUCCAUACCCCUGCCUGUUAUCUUUGACACUUUUGAUUGCCUUUUAGACUUGAAAGACCUCCAGUUUCCUGUUUCAGAUAAUGAGAUGUGAAUUUCCUGCAUCUCACACCUCCUUUCUUUAAGCUGAAGGGAAGCUGUGUGUGUGUGUGUGUGUGUGUAAGGGGGGAAUCUAUAAAAAAGUAACAGCAGUUGCCUAACCAUGUAGCCUCUGGAGCUAAGAGAUGGUUGCUGCAUAAAAACAAGUUGGAGGUUAAAUUUCUGGCCUUCUAGCACAUUUAUGCUUUGCAUUACUAACUGAAAUUGUGAGAUUUUAUGUAGACUCAAAAAUAGCAUUUCAAAUUCUGUGCAAAUCUGUUAUAUGCCAUUGGUCUCUGAAAAACAUAAUCACUAUUAGGUAGUUUUCUGACAGAAGUGAUAUUGCCAUCAAAACUACCCCAAAAGCCUUCUAGAGAAUCUAUCAGAGUAAUGCCAAAAUCUUUUGUGACAUCUACCUGCUCUCAGGCAUUAUUCCCAAACCAUUUAUUAUUCUAACUAGCCUGGAAUGUGAUAAGGAACUGGUAUUCAUUGUGUUACCCAUGAAGUAUCAAACGAUUUGUCAAGUACCAGUUAGUGACUGUACUUACGCUUUGCUGGCCCUCCUUGUUUAAACAAAUUAGUAUACAACAAUGCUACAUAAAACUGUGUUCGGAGAAAUGACUGAAUGGAUCAGCCUGCUGCUUUCUGGUAAGUAAUUUGCUUGCAGAAGUCCUGCUCCUGCUGUGAUGAUUAAGUGAUGUUCCCCUCUGCCAACCAUUUGUAGAGCUUAUUGCACACAUUCCUAUUGAUGAGUCUUUCAGUAUUUCAGUUCUUACCUUCCCACUGAAGUGCUAUAAUGCUUAAGGGAAGAGAGCUACAGCUUGUCCAGAUUGUCUGCUGUCUGUACAAUCUUUGACCAAGGUCACAACUUCUGCAUUGAGAAACAAAACCACCAUGUAGGUACUGCUGAUGGUAUUAAUUUACAAAGAAUAGUGAAUGUACACAACUGUUGGGUUUUUCUUCUGCAUAAUAUUUUCUGUCUGAGUUUGAGUCUUAGAACUUUAUUUUAAAAAUACUCCUUAAUUACUCCUUAAGUUCUACCUUAAUUUAUUAGCCAUGUUGAGUCCCACAAUGGGAGAAUCACCUGUUGCAGACUUUCAAAGAAUGCUAUCUGAUUGAUCACCUAAAGACAGAAUACUUACUAAACAUUUCUACAACUCACACUGGCAACUUACACACGCUUUGGAUGAAAGGAGAAGGGUCCUGAAUUACAUUUAUUCAGUAAUGAUUUUCAGAAUACUUCAACAUGUAUUCAUAUAAUUUCAAAUAAAACUUAGCUUACUCUUAA